AUGAAGUUGCGACUUCACCGGAUGAAAAAGGUGUUGGCAAGACCCUUCGAGAACCUGACUGCGUUGGAUCAGCUCGUGCAGAUCAUAAGACUUGCGUCGUCUCUUUUGGUGUCCAUUUUGAUUUUUAUUUUGACUGUUGGAGCUCUAGUAUCACCUACUGCGCUUUUCAUGGGCAAGUUGAACACGUCGUCGAUUGAUAUAGCAUACGGUUUGUUCGAUGCUCUGCAAUCUUCCGUUGAGUCAUCAGUAUCCAACAUGAUAAACAAUGGUGUAGGUCUCACUACUUCAGAGAUUCUAAUUUUGACGGAAUAUGCGUCGUCGCGUGUAAGUGAGGUCCCUGACUUCAUUGUAACUUCGGUCUAUGGUUGGUGCAGAGUCACAAACUCCACCGAAACGCACAAUCAGACGCGCACGGCAUGCAUUAGAGAACAUUCUAAUUAUAUUUUUGAUUACAGAGACAUUUUGGAAGAUAUUGGAUUAUCGAUCAUACUGACGUACGCCUACGGUACGACCGAUUCAUCCACUGCGGCAGAUGUAAACACUAGCAGCUACGAAGACUAUCUGAAGCAAACUCGCAAGACGAAAGAGCGCAUGAUCAAUUUGUUAUACGUAACUCUGUCCACUCAAAUGCUACUAGCGGGCCUUUCGCUCUGGUAUUAUUCGAUUAAAGACAAAUCUUUGAAUAAGCUGAAAGAGCAGUUUCUCGUCCACAGCAUCUCCUUUGGAUCUUUAUUCAUAUUCAUAUCAUCACUCGUGGUGGUCAUCAACUUGGCAACUAUCAACAUACAAAUUCGAUCCAAAAUAAAGGACGAGCUCAAAAGUUUUGGUAUCUCGUAUCAUUUGGGGAACGCUUGGUUCACAGCACUGUGGCUUCUUGUCAUUUUUUCGUUCGUUUCUUGCGGUCUCUGGUCAGGACUUGAAUGGUGCAUAAGCGAAACACCUACAGUAGGUGAAAAUUAUGAACUAGGAGUCCUUGCUAAUACGGACGACAAUAGUCUAGAGAGAAUUCCAUCAGUCGGUGGUCCUUUGCUACCGCGAAGUACUAGCCAACUUCUCAAACCUGCACAAACCUCGAUCCAUUCCGAUCAUGAAAUGGGGCAAAUGGAAUCUGCAGAUAUCUCCCCAACAACGACCCUCAGGCCUACCCUUUCUAGCCGCAGUGGUAACACGUCGUCUUCUAAUCCCAGAGUGGUGAUUCCUCUUUCAACCUUUCAGAUGUAA